AUGUCUCCACUUCUAAGAAGCGUUAUUGACAUCGCUGAAGUUUUCGAUCAUUAUGCCACACAUAGCUGUGAAGGAGCAUCACUGAGCAAGAAAGACCUGAAGAACCUCCUUGAAAGGGAACUUGGAGAUGUCCUCCAGAGACCACAUGACCCUGAGACGGUAGAUGUGAUCCUAGAACUUCUGGAUCGGGACUCCAACGGGCGUGUUGAUUUCAACGAAUUCCUCCUGUUCCUUUUCAAGCUUGCUCAAGCUUGCUAUUCCGCUAUCAAUCAGGCCGUAGGGCUAGAUGAGAAGACAGCCCUGCCUAGAGAGAAGAGGAGCCUGUCACAAGAUCGCAGGCAAGAAGACCAAAGGAGAUUCGAGCCCCGGGACGUACAACAGGACGAAGAACCCGGGCGCCGAAGCUGGCAGAAAAGACGUGAGCAGGAGGAGCGUGCUGAGGAGCAGAGCAGGAGGCAGGAGAGACUGGAGGAGCGACAGCAGAGGCGAGAACUGCAGGAACUGGAGGAGCGCCUGGCGGAGAAAGAGCCGCUAAGCUGGAGCCAGGGUCCUGAUGCUGAAGAGUUUUCCGAGGAAGAGGAACAGCAAAGGCAAGAACUCAGGAGCAGGGAGCAGAGGGAAGAGAGGCGGCUGCAGCAGCUGCGCGACCCCGAGCGCGAGCAGGAGUUAGUGGCUGAGGAGGACGAGGAGCAGACGCAACUCCGGGAGCCCCAGAGUCUCACCCGGAGGUGGCAGAGGCAGCUCGAAAGCGAGGCCGAAGCCCGUCAGAACAAAGUCUACGCUAGACCGCGCAGACAGGAGCCGGAAGAGCGUCAGCUCCGGGAGCAGGAGCAGCGGUCCCGGGAGCUCCGAAGACAGCGCGCCCAGGAGGAGGAGGAACGCCUGGAGCAGCAGCAGCGGUCGCAGAGGCGCCAGGCGGAGGAGCAGCGCUUCCGGGAGGAGGAGCAGCAGCGAGCAGAGCUCCAGGACAGCCUUCUAGAGGAACGCCAGAGGCGUCGUCAGGCUGAGCGCAGGCAACUGCAGGAGGAAAGCCAGAGGCGCCGCACGCUGUACGCCAAACCCAGUGCCAGGCAGCAGAGGGAGGAAGUGCUGCGGGAAGAGCGGCUGCUGCAAGAAGAGGCUCAGCAGCGCCGGCAGCGGGACAGGAAAUACCGCCAGGAGGAAGAGCUGCAGCGGGACGAAGAGCAGCUGCAGCGAGACGAAGAGCAGCUGCAUAGGGAAAGGAGGCGCCUGCAGCAGGAGAGGCAGUAUCAAGAGGAGGACCUGCAGCAGGAGGAAGAGCGGCUGCAGCAGGAGGAAGGGCGGCUGCGGAGAGAAAGAAGGCGCCUACAGCAGGAGAGGCAGUAUCAAGAGGAGGACCUGCAGAGGCUGCGGGACGAAGGUCAGCGUAGGGAUCUGAAGUGGCAGUGGCAACCAGAGAAAGAAACUGAAGCUCGUGGCCGCAGGCUCUUCUCCAAACGCAGGGAGGAUGGAGAAGAGAUCCGGCAGCUGGAGGAUUCUCUGGAGCAUGAGAGACGCUCACGUCAGGAUCGGCGGCCUCUGCAAGACGAAGCAGAAGAGAAGCGAGAGCUGGAGCAGGAGAGACGGCGGCGACAGCAGCGUGACCGGCAAUUCCAAGAGGAAGAGCAGCUGCAGCGAGAGCGCCAACGGGAAGCCGCACGACGAGGCGAGAGGCUCCGGGAGGAAGAGCAGCUCCUGAGAGACUCGAGGAGACGGCCACAGGAGGAGGAAAGGCAACUGCGGAAGGAGCGGGAAGAACUGAGGCAAAGACUAGAAGAGAGACAGUUCCAGGAGGAGGAGCUGCGCCGCCAAGAACUUCGGCAAGAGCGCGACAGAAAAUCCCGUGAGGAACAAGAGCGCCGCCAGCAGCAGCGUGAAGAGGAGCAGCUCCGGGAGGAAGAGCAGCUCCGUCAGCAACGAGACAGGAAACUCCGCCGGGAAGAAGAGCGCCUGCAGGAGCUCGAGGAAGAGCAGUUCAGGCGCCAGGAACGUGACAGAAAAGUCCGCAGGGAAGAAGAGCGCCUGCAGGAACUGGAGGAAGAGCAGCUGAGACGCCAGGAGCGAGACAGGAAACUCCGCAGGGAAGAAGAGCGCCUGCAGGAACUGGAGGAAGAGCAGCUGAGACGCCAGGAGCGAGACAGGAAACUCCGCAGGGAAGAAGAGCGCCUGCAGGAACUGGAGGAAGAGCAGCUGAGACGCCAGGAGCGAGACAGGAAACUCCGCCGGGAUCAAGAGCGCCUGCAGGAGCUCGAGGAAGAGCAGUUCAGGCGCCAGGAACGUGACAGGAAAGUCCGCAGGGAAGAAGAGCGCCUGCAGGAACUGGAGGAAGAGCAGUUCAGGCGCCAGGAACGUGACAGGAAACUCCGCCGGGAUCAAGAGCGCCGUCAGGAGCUUGAGGAAGAGCAGCUGAGGCGACCGGAGCGUGAGGACAGAAGAUUCCGCCAGGAACAAGAGCGCUGCCAGCAGCGGCGUGAGGAGGAGCAGCUCCGGGAGGAAGAGCAGCUCCGUCAGCAACGAGACAGGAAACUCCGCAGGGAAGAAGAGCGCCUGCAGGAACUGGAGGAAGAGCAGUUCAGGCGCCAGGAAUCCGACAGAAGAUCCCGCCAGGAACAACAGCUUCGCCAGGAGCGCCGUGAGGAAGAGCAGCUCAGGCGCCAGGAACGUGACAGGAAACUCCGCCGGGAUCAAGAGCGCCUGCAGGAGCUCGAGGAAGAGCAGUUGCAGGACAGGAAGUUCCCCCGGGAACAAGAGCUCAGGCGUGACAGGAAACUCCGCCGGGAAGAAGAGCUCCGCCAGGAACUGGAGGAAGAGCAGCUGCGAGACCGAAAGUUGAGGGUGGAGGAGCAGCUUCGCAGGGAGCGCGAGGCAGAGCGGCAGCGCGGACAGGAACGUGACAGAAAGUUCCGCCGGGAACAAGAAUUCCGCCAGGAACUAGAGGAUGAGCAGCCUAGGGAUAGAAAGUUCCGCCGGGAACAAGAGCUCAGACGCGACAGAAAACUCCGUGAGGAAGAAGAGCGCCUGCAGGAACUGGAGGAAGAACAGCUGAGACGCCAGGAGCGAAACAGGAAAUUCCGCCGGGAAGAAGAGCGCCUGCAGGAACUGGAGGAAGAGCAGUUCAGGCGCCAGGAGCGAGACAGGAAACUCCGCAGGGAAGAAGAGCGCCGUCAGGAGCUCGAGGAAGAGCAGCCUAGACGCCAGGAGCGUGAGAGGAAACUCCGCCGGGAAGAAGAGCGCCUGCAGGAACUGGAGGAAGAGCAGUUCAGGCGCCAGGAGCGAGACAGGAAACUCCGCAGGGAAGAAGAGCGCCGUCAGGAGCUCGAGGAAGAGCAGCCUAGACGCCAGGAGCGUGAGAGGAAACUUCGCCAAGAAGAAGAGCGCCGUCAGGAGCUCGAGGAAGAGCAGUUGCAGGACAGGAAGUUCCCCCGGGAACAAGAGCUCAGGCGUGACAGGAAACUCCGCCGGGAAGAAGAGCGCCUGCAGGAACUGGAGGAAGUGCAGCUGCGAGACCGAAAGCUGAGGGUGGAGGAGCAGCUUCGCAGGGAGCGCGAGGCAGAGCGGCAGCGCGGACAGGAACGUGACAGAAAGUUCCGCCGGGAAGAAGAGCUCAGGCGCGACAGAAAGCUCCGUGAGGAAGAAGAGCUCCGCCAGGAACUGGAGGGAGAGCAGCUGAGACGCCAGGAACGUGACAGGAAAUUCCGUGAGGAAGAAGAGCGCCGUCUGGAGCGCGACCAGAGAUUCCGCGGGGAACCAGAGCUCCGGAAUGAAAGGGAGGGACAUCAGCGGCGCCGCCAGGAACUCGAGGACGAACAGCUUCGCUUUGAGGAACAGCAGCGUCGCCACCAGGAACGCGAGCAACAGCUUCGCCAAGAGCGCGACAGGGAAUUCCGGGAGGAGAAGCAGCAGCGCCAGGAACGUGAAGAACUGCAGUUGAGGAGGCAGAAACGAGAUGGGCAGUACCAGGCUGAGGAUCAGUUUGCCAGGGAUACGAUUCGUCGUCGUCAGGAAGAGGAACGAAGACGUCGCCAAGAGCGGGAGAGGAAAUUUCAAGAGGAGCAGAUCCGUAGGCAGGAGGAGCAGAGGCGCCGCCAAGCCUUGGAGACUGGCACGCGCCAGUUUGCCAACGUCCCCGUGCGUUCCAGCCCUCUCUAUGAGUACAUCCAAGAGCAGAGGUCUCAAUACCGCCCUUAAAGGAUGCUGCUAGCGCCCUGGCACCAGCCAAAGAAAUGUUUCUUUUUCAAGCAAAAGAAAAUGAGAAACACUGGGUAUCAAAUGAUAACUCAUGUGUUUCUGGUUGUGGGAAAACUCUCUGAUCUUAGAAUGUCUUUUCCAGAAUCUUAAACUAUACCCAUUUCAUUUCUUUCUGUUCCUGUCUCUCAUUCUGUCUGGGGUAGUUCUUUAUUGCAAGAUGUCUUUGUUAUUUAGUGCAGAUGUGAUGCGCACUUUUCAAAAGAAGUCAUUUAAUUUUUUAAAAAGGAAUUUUGUUUGAGGAGCACAUUGAUUUAUUGCCUUCAUAGCUUACAAGAAUAAUGUAACAAUUUGAUAUUCAAAAUAGUUGAGCCUCUAUUUUUAGUGGUAGAUCAUGUUAGGAACCCUCAUUUUUAUAAGUUUAAGUUGACAUUUUCUUCGACCUAAAUCUCAUUUGUCUUUACCUCGAUCUUUUUCUUGCAUAAUUUUGACAACCCUCAAAUAAUGCAGGGGGUGAUUUAUGCGAAAAAUAUCAUGUGAAAUCAGUUCAUAACUGAAAGAAAUCUCUCUUAAGAGAAAGACUUGGACAGGAAAUUAUUUUUGGCAUUCUAUUUUUAUACUUAGCAUCACUUAAAAUUUCAUGAAGCUAAAGCAAGGUGUUUCUCAAACAACUCCAAUUCAAAACUGCUGUGAUUUGUAGAAUUCUGUUCCACUUCCCCAAGUUUUGUUGGGUUUGAUAAUAUUACUACUUUUGUACAUGUUGGUUUAGAGGGAACCUACUCAAGACCCUGUAAACAUCUUUCUUGUUUGGGUCCAGCAAGAGUUCACAAGGUGAUGGAAGAAGGAAAGGGGAAGAUGUAUGAACAGAGGGCAAAUUUAUAGAAGUCUCUUGACUAGACUUAUCAGCCCACAGUCAU